AUGCCAUUCAUAUGCUGUCAUGAAGAGUGGAGCAAACCAGAUGUGCGCAGGCGCUUGCGUUCGGAGUUUCGCGAUGCAAAGCCGUAUCCGCAUGUUGUCAUACGGCCAUUCUUGGGAGCAGAAGGGCUUCAAGCAGUAAGAGAGGAGGUGCAGAAGGUCGAUGCUGCAGAGAAGGAGACGGAUUUGUUUCGCUUCUUCCAAACUCAGGACUUGGCGCCGAGACUCUCCAAGGCCAGUGAUGGAAAGAAGCAGAAACUGGCCAAUGAUGAAUUGCCGGCUUUGGAGGCCCUCACUGAGGUCUUCGCAUCAGCUGGCUACCGCGAGCUCAUCCAAGAGGUCACAGGCUGUGGUGAGCUCUGUGAGCGGGUGGACUUAGCGACCCAGGUCUACACCAAGGGCUCUCACCUUCUUUGCCACGAUGACGUCAUCGGCACCAGGAAGGUUCCAUUGGUUGUGGCGGGUGUAGACUCCAAGAAGGUUCAAAUGGCCAGUCCUGCCACGGCAGCUCCACGAGAAAGGCUGCACAGCUAUCAGCGUUUUUCCGAGUGCACGCCCAUCGUGCUUGCUGGUCUGGCGGGAGUGAUGAUCUCUCAGCAAAGCAAGCGCUUAAACCGCUCCUCCCGGAAGCAGGCCUCCAAGAUGGAGGAGCCGUCCCAUGAGGAUUAUGAUACCUUGCUGAUGAAAGCGGGCUUGAGAAACCUGCUUGGCGUCGAAGAGAAUCGUAUGGCACGGAAGCUGGAAGAAGCUUGCCAAGUGAGCACUGAUUUGAAGCGGUGCUUGUCCGAUGUGGAGGUGAAACACAAGAUCGCAAAGGAUGAGGUGGAAGAGUUGAGCCUCAAUUUGUCUGCAGCACAGGCGGACAAUGAUGCUCUCAGGGCAGAGAACAAGGAGCUCACAGAUCAGGUGAAGACCAUGAAAGAGUCUGCGUCGACCGUGAAGGCCAAGAACUCUGAGCAAUGGGCCGCGCAAAAGGCUGCCGAGAAUGAGCGUGACAAGGCCAUUCUUGAGCUGACCAACGUGAAGGAGCAAGCUGAGGCUGCACAGAUUGAAGCCGACAGCAAGGCCAAGUCCCUGAAAGCCGAAGUGGAAGCUCUGCGCGCCGAGCUGAAGGAGACCAAGGCAGAGAUGCAAAAGCUCAAGGUUUCCUUCAUCUACUACAUCACAGAUCCUGAAGAGGAGUGGUCUGCGGCAGAAGGGGGAGCUUUAGAGCUCUAUUCGUCAGAACCCGCCACAGGUCGACCUGCAAGUGUUCCAACCACGGAGUUGCUUCCUUUGGCGGAUUCCUUAGCUGUUUUUCUGGUGGAGCCGGGCGUUUCCUACCAUGCUGUCCGGGAGGUUCGAGGCGGUCGAGCACGGAUCUCCCUGCAGGGGUGGCUUCAUGCGCCGAGCCUCGAGACCACGCUGAACUUUGAGCACCGGGGGUUGGCCACGCUGCAGCAAAUCCUCGAGACACGAGCUGUUGAAGGCGGCGAAGAGGAGGGUGAAGUCGGCGAGCUUUCGAAGGAGGACCUCAAGGUGCUCUCAGAUUGGUUGGCACCCACCUAUUUGGAUGCCAAGCAGCUCGAGGCAAUCCAAAAGCAAUUCGAGGAAAGCUCCUAUGCGGUACUCACAGAGUUUCUUCGUGCGGACCUUGCUGAAAGAAUAGCUGGUGAGCUGGAAGCGGUGGACAAAGCAGAUGGAUUUGAGCCGAAUGCAGAGGAGCUUCCAGUGCCCUGCUAUACCAGCGGUGUGGUCGAUGGAUGGGAGUUGCUAGGCCCUCCUCACCUUCGGCGCUUCUUGCGCUUGGCCCAGGCGGCUCUUCCGGGCGCGGAAUCACCUCAUGGCAGGCUGGGAUGCAGCUUGCUGCGCCUCGCUCGGGAGGUGUUUGCUAGUGACAGCUUUCGAAGGUGGCUUAAAGCUUGCACCGGCUUGGACACUAAGAACGAUGGUCGGCCGCAGGUGAGACGAUUUCGACCUGGCUUGGACUACACAGUGGCAGCUCGAGGCGCACAAGACUCGGAUGAGGCAGACUUGGAUGCAAUCCUUUGCUUCGCAUUGGGCGGCAGCAAGGAUGAGCUGCAAACUGCUGCCUCAGAGCAGUGGGCAAGCGAGGAGGUGGGUGGCUUUGAGUGCUACCUCGCAGCGGACGAGGAGGAUGAGACUGUCGAGGCUCAAGAGGUCUACAGGGGAGCAGACACAGAUGGCCCAUUGGCCAGCCAACGAAUUGAUGUCCUUGACAUGUUGACAGUCCAUGACCAUCCCUGA